AUGCUGAUAAGAGAAUUGGCGGCCGCUUGGGUCGUCGUCCUCUUGUGCCAUCUUCAGCUAACGGAGUCUCAGGUUCCUGCUACAAAUGUUUUCACCUGUCCAAACGGAUGGGAACUGCGAGGCAUCCACUGUUACAAAUUCUUCGCCAUUGUGCACUCUUGGCGAAAAGCGGCGGAAUUAUGCAGGAGGUACGGUGGCGAGCUGAUGGUGGUGGAGUCUUACAGCGAGAACAACGUGUCGGCCAGCAUGGUACCGCCGAAAUUGAAACAUUAUUGGCUGGGUCUCGUCUCUCUCGACGAUUUACGGACCAACACACUCGAGUCCGCCGCGGGAAUGCUCGUCUCCCAAUAUGCCGGUUUCUGGGCGCCGAGGCAACCGAAUCCGCACUCGGGUGAGUGCGUGGACGUCGCCUUGACGGAUGACCGACAAACGUGGGAACUGACCACGUGCGAGUCGCUACUACCUUUCAUGUGUCGUACCAACGCCUGUCCUUCCGGUUCGUUCCAUUGCUCGAACGGCAAGUGCAUCAAUGCAGCUUUCAAGUGCGACAAGCAGGAUGACUGCGGCGAUUAUUCGGACGAAAUGGACUGCCCGGCCAACUGCCAGUAUUACAUGGCGAGUAGCGGCGACGUUGUGGAGAGUCCGAAUUAUCCGCAUAAAUAUGCACCCCUCAGCAAUUGCAAGUGGACGCUGGAAGGCCCUCAAGGACACAAUAUUCUUCUGCAGUUUCAAGAAUUCGAGACGGAGAAGAGCUUCGACACGGUGCAGAUCCUCGUAGGUGGUAGAACCGAGGACAAGUCGGUGAAUCUCGCGACUUUGUCCGGCAAGCAAGAGCUCAGCAACAAGCUCUUCGUCUCGGCCUCGAACUUUAUGAUCGUAAAGUUCAGCACCGACGCCUCCGUGGAGAAGAAGGGCUUUCGCGCUUCAUGGAAGACUGAGGCGCAAAAGUGCGGCGGGAGUCUGCAGGCGACGUCGCAAGGACAGGUGCUCACGUCCCCUGGCUACCCCCAGAAUUAUCCCGGAGGGCUGGAGUGCCUGUAUAUUAUUCGAGCUCAGCCGGGACGCAUAAUGUCCUUGGAGAUCGAGGACUUGGAUCUCGAGACAAACCGAGACUACAUUUUAAUCAGGGACGGAGAUUCGCCCAUGAGCCGACCGAUCGCGCGUCUCACGGGGAAAUCGGACGACAAUCCGACGGUGAUAAUGUCCACGGGAAGCGACUUGUAUCUCUAUUUCAAAACGAGCCUCGGCGAUUCCAGGCGGGGAUUCAGUAUUCGCUACACGCAAGGUUGCAAAGCUACAAUCGUCGCGAGGAACGGCACUGUCCAGUCGCCUUCCUACGACCUCAACAAUUAUCCCAACAAUCAAGAGUGUCUGUACAGGAUCAGGAAUUCAGGCAGAGGAUCGUUGUCUUUGAAAUUUGUCAGCUUCGACGUUCACCAAACCGACUAUGUGCAGAUAUACGACGGCUUAAAUACAAACGGCCUUCGCUUGCAUCCUGAAAACGGCUUCACUCGAAACUCUCAACCGAAAAUCACGCUCACUGCUGAGAGCGGCGAGAUGCUCGUCAGGUUCGUGACCGACGCUUUACACAACAGUGCCGGCUGGCAGGCCGGCUUUUCCGCCGAUUGCCCGAUAUUAAAACCUGGGGAAGGUGCUUUAGCAUCGAGUCGGGACACAGCCUUCGGUACGAUGGUUACGUUCUCGUGCCCGUUGGGACAAGAGUUCGCUACGGGAAAGUCGAGAAUAUCCACAGAAUGUCUCCCCGGAGGUAACUGGUCCGUUACGUAUAUUCCGAAAUGUCAAGAGGUGUACUGCGGCCCCGUACCUCAAAUUGACAACGGAUUCUCGAUUGGCUCCUCCAACGUAACGUACCGGGGCUUGGCGACCUAUCAAUGUUACGCAGGAUUCGCUUUUCCUUCGGGAAGACCGACGGAAAAGAUUUCGUGCUUGGCUGACGGAAGGUGGGAGAAGAAACCGUCCUGUUUAGCGUCUCAGUGCGCUCCGCUUUCAGAGGCUCCUCAUUCCAACGUAACCAUCCUGAAUGGAGGUGGUCGAAGUUACGGCACAAUCGUGAGAUUCGAAUGCGAGCCUGGAUAUGUAAGAAGCGGACAUCCUGUUAUUCUAUGCAUGAGCGACGGUACCUGGUCCGAUCAAGUUCCAACGUGUUCUCGUGCUAAAUGCCCGUUGCUGCCUACGAUUAAGAAUGGAUUCGUCGUCGACACCGGUAAAGAUUAUUAUUUCGGUGAUGAGGCUAGAGUACAAUGUAACAGAGGCUACAAGUUGACCGGAAUGAAUAUUAUACAAUGUGGCCCUCACCAAUAUUUCGAUAACGUGCCAACCUGCGAAGAUAUAAACGAGUGCGCGUCCACUCAGUGCGAUCUGGCGUCCACAGAAUGUAUAAACUAUCCCGGUGCGUUUACUUGCAAAUGUAAACCCGGAUUCGCACCGACUACCGAAUGCCGAUCCAUCGGCGAUCUCGGACUCAUCAACGGCGGCAUUCCCGACGAAUCGAUCGUGGUUUCGGGCUCGGAUAAUGGCUACACCAAAACCGGAAUUCGUUUGAAUAACGGCGAUGGCUGGUGCGGCAAUAGCAAAGAGUCGGGUGGCGCAAAUUGGGUGAUGAUCGAUAUGAAAGCGCCGACAAUCAUCCGCGGUUUCCGCACGCAAGUCGUAGUCAGGAACGACGACACCGUCGCCUUUGCAUCUGCGGUACGGAUUCAGUACACGGACGAGCUGACGGAUGUUUUCAAGGACUACACCAAUCCGGACGGUACGCCGGUCGAGUUCAGGAUCGUGGAACCGACACUUUCCGUUCUGAAUCUACCUGUGCCGAUCGAGGCGCGCUACGUGAAAUUCAGGAUACAGAGUUACGACAACAAACCUUGCAUGAAGCUGGAGAUAAUGGGCUGUACCAGGUUGCAGUGCAUGGAUAUCAACGAGUGCGCGGUGAAGAACGGCGGUUGUCACCACAAAUGCAUCAACAGUCCCGGCAGCUAUUCUUGCAUGUGCAACACGGGUUUCGAACUGUACAGAGGUAACGGCACGGCCGGCUAUUAUCUGGCGAGAUCCGAGACCGGCGAGAGAGAUGAUGAUUUGUAUCAGAGAAAUAAAACGUGCGUGCCGGUGAUGUGCCCGUUUUUGACGGCGCCGGAGAACGGAAAACUGCUGUCGACUAAGAAGCAGCAUCAUUUCGCUGACCUCGUUAGAUUCCAGUGCAACUUUGGUUACGUACUAUCAGGAUCUGCGGCUGUAAUUUGCACCUCCUCCGGUGCUUGGAACGGCACCGUACCCGAGUGUCAAUACGCGAAAUGCGUCUCGCUACCGGACGACAAGAACGAAGGUCUUUCCGUAAACCGGACCGACAAGAGCAGCGUGCUAGUGCCCUUCAAGCAGAACGUCACUCUCGAGUGCAGCAGCGAUGGCCGUUACUUACGCAAUACCGCGACCUCCUCUUUCCGACAGUGCGUGUACGAUCCCAAACCCGGCUAUCCCGAUUACUGGCUAUCCGGUUUGCAGCCAGCGUGUCCUCGGGUCGACUGCGGAAAGCCACUUCCCACGCCUGGCGCCGCAUACGGCCAAUAUCCGGACACCAAGUACAAGUCCUCCUUCUUUUUCGGCUGUCAGGACACUUUCAAGCUGGCCGGUCAGACCAAUCACCACGACAACGUUGUGCGAUGUGAGCAGGAGGGUGUGUGGGACUUUGGCAAUCUGCGAUGCGAAGGUCCGGUUUGCGAGGACCCCGGAAGACCGAGCGACGGUUACCAGGAGGCGCGAAGCUACGAGCAGGGCUCGGAGAUCCGGUUCGGUUGCUCAAGACCGGGCUACAUCUUGAUCAAUCCGCGGCCGAUCGUCUGUAUUCGCGAGCCCGAGUGCAAGGUCGUGAAGCCUCUCGGUUUGGCCUCCGGACGGAUCCCGGACUCGGCGAUAAACGCCACUUCCGAGAGACCCAACUACGAGGCCAGGAAUAUCCGUUUGAACUCUGUGACCGGCUGGUGCGGCAAGCAAGAGGCCUUCACUUACGUGAGCGUCGACCUCGGUCGCGUAUACCGCGUUAAAGCGAUCCUCGUCAAGGGUGUCAUCACCAACGACGUAAUCGGCAGACCGGCAGAGAUCCGGUUCUUCUACAAACAGGCGGAGCACGAGAACUACGUCUUUUACUUUCCGAACUUCAACCUGACUAUGCGCGAGCCUGGAAAUUACGGCGAGUUGGCGAUGAUUACGCUGCCCAAGUAUGUACAGGCUCGCUUUGUGACCCUCGCCAUUGUCACCUUCAUGGAGAACGCCUGUAUGAAGUUCGAGCUGAUGGGUUGCGAAGAACCAACGGCGGAGCCGUUGUUGGGCUACGAUUACGGAUUCUCGCCCUGCGUGGACAACGAGCCGCCGGUAUUUCAGAACUGCCCGCAGCAACCUAUAGUCGUGCAGAAGAGAGCCGCGGACGGCGGUUUACUUCCGGUUAACUUUACCGUACCGACGGCCGUCGACAACAGCGGAAGUAUCGCUCGGUUGGAGGUGAUACCGCGUAGUUUCAGGACGCCCGUUCAAAUCUUCGAAGAUACCGUCAUCAAAUACGUCGCCUUCGAUUACGAUGGCAACGUCGCCAUCUGUGAAAUCAACAUCACCGUACCGGAUGUGACUCCACCGAGACUGAGCUGUCCGCAGAGCUACGUGAUCGAAUUGAUCGAUCGACAGGAGAGUUACCCCAUCAACUUCAACGAUACGCGUAACCGCAUCAACGCCACGGACGCUUCCGGUCCUGUGAAAAUUACCUUUGAGCCGCAACACGCGUUGAUUAAAAUUGGAGAGUUCAAGAAUGUCACGGUGUAUGCGACGGAUCCCAGCGGUAACACGGCCGAGUGCCAUUUUCAAGUGUCGGUUCAGGCGACACCCUGCGUCGAUUGGGAACUGAAACCGCCAGCUAACGGUGAUUUAAAAUGCGCCCCCGGGGACAAGGGAUUGCAGUGUAAAGCAACUUGCAAAGCUGGAUAUAAAUUUAUCGAUGGCUCACCCGCCAAGAUGUUCAGUUGCGCCAGUAAGCGUUGGACGCCCACGUCGAUGGUUCCCGAUUGCGUGUCUGAGAAUACGCAACAGGCCGACUAUCAUAUGUCCGCUUCGGUAAACUAUCGUGCGAAUGGCGCCGUUUCACGAUCUUGCUUGCCAAUGUAUCAGGAUUUAAUGGCUCAGCAUUACCCGAACGUGAGCAUUAUCUUGACGCAGCGUUGCUUUGGUCUGAACGUAUCCUUCGUACAAGUGACGCCUUCUUUGAUCGAGGAGAACGUUGUCAAGAUGGAUUUUCUCCUUAUGGUCCUCCCUCCGCGAGAUGUGAAGCAAAAUGAUCAGCCAGUAUUUAUGGAUCAUUGCGGUAGAACGUUGAUUCUCACUUUUGGUUUGAAAUACCCGGAAAAGACGAUGGAAAUCGAGCCUCUGUUGAACGUUUCCGCGAUUGGCAAUCAAUGCCCGCCCAUUCGUGCUCUCACGUCAAACGUUUCCAGCGGCUUCACGUGUAGCGUCGGCGAAGUACUGAACAAAGAUACCAACGACGUAUCUCGCUGUCUACAUUGUCCCGCCGGAACGUUCGCCAUCGAGAAACAGUGCAAGCCUUGCCCAAAGGGUUUCUAUCAGAGCAACGACCGUCAGGGCUCCUGCAUACAGUGCCCUGCCGGCAGCUACACCAAGGAAGAAGGCACGAAGAACACGGAGGACUGCAUACCAGUCUGCGGCUACGGCACGUACUCGCCCACGGGUCUCGUGCCCUGCCUGGAGUGCCCCAGGAACACGUACACCGGCGAGCCGCCGACAGGAGGUUGCAAGGACUGUCAGACCUGCCCGGCCGGCACGUUCACCUACCAGCCAGCCGCGUCCGGUCGCGACCGUUGCCGCGCCAAGUGUUCACCGGGCAUGUACUCCGACACGGGUCUCGCACCUUGCGCCCAAUGCCCGAGCAACUUCUUCCAGCCUCAGCAAGGCGCGACCACUUGCAUCGAGUGUUCCGCCAACAUGUACACAGACGGACCGGGUUCGGUGGGUCGCGAGGCGUGCAAACCCGUCCAAUGCGUCGACGGCGUAUGCCAGCACGGCGGUCUCUGCGUGCCGAUGGGCCACGAUGUACACUGCUAUUGUCCGGCCGGCUUCUCCGGCAGACGUUGCGAAAUCGACAAUGACGAGUGCGCGUCUCAGCCGUGCUACAACGGAGCUACCUGCAUCGACCUGCCGCAGGGUUACCGGUGCCAAUGCGCCGACGGUUACUCCGGUGUCAACUGUCAGGAAGAGAAGUCGGACUGCACGAACAACACGUGCCCGGAGAGAGCCAUGUGCAAGGACGAGCCUGGUUUGAACAAUUACACCUGCUUCUGCCGAUCCGGAUACGCCGGGACCCACUGCGACACUACGAUAAACCCUUGCACGGGCAGCGAGAAUCCCUGCAACAACGGCGCGAGCUGCGUGGCUCUGGAACAGGGCCGCUACAAGUGCAAGUGCGCGCCCGGGUGGGAAGGUCAGAGCUGCGAGAUCAACACCGACGAUUGCGCCGAGCGACCCUGCCUGCUCAACGCGACCUGCACCGAUCUGAUCAACGACUUCUCCUGCAACUGUCCGCCCGGUUUCACCGGCAAGCGCUGCCACGAGAAGAUCGACCUCUGUUCCGGCAGCCCCUGCUUGAACGGCAUCUGCGUGGACAAUCUCUUCAAGCACGAGUGCAUCUGCUAUCCGGGAUGGUUCGGACCGGCCUGCGAGAGCAACGUCAACGAGUGCGCGUCCAAACCUUGCCGAAACAACGGUCAGUGUAUCGACCAGGUCGACGACUACACCUGCACCUGCGAACCCGGUUACACCGGCAAGCAAUGUCAACACACUAUCGACGAUUGCUCGUCCGAACCCUGUCAGAACGGCGCGACCUGCACCGACCAGCUCGAGGGAUUCGCCUGCAAGUGCAGACCCGGCUACGUGGGCUUGCAAUGCGAAGCGGAGAUCGACGAGUGUCUCAGCGAUCCCUGUAAUCCGGUCGGCGCGGAACGCUGCGUGGAUCUCGACAACACCUUUGCCUGCCAAUGCCACGAGGGCUACACCGGCGCGUUCUGCGAGAUCAACGUGGACGACUGCGCGUCCGAUCCGUGCUUCAACGGCGCCAAGUGUCUGGACGAGGUCGCUGGCUUCAAGUGUACGUGCGCGAGCGGAUGGACCGGCGCUUAUUGUCAGACAGACAUUGGUGCCUGCCACAAUCAGCCUUGUCAGAACGACGCCGCCUGCGUGGAUCUGUUCUUGGAUUACUUCUGCGUAUGCCCGUCCGGAACCGAUGGCAAGCAAUGUGAAACCGCACCCGAACGUUGCAUCGGAAAUCCGUGCAUGCAUCACGGCCGUUGUCAGGACUUUGGCUCGGGCUUGAACUGCACUUGCCCGGAAGAUUACACGGGUAUCGGUUGCCAGUACGAAUACGAUGCUUGUCAGGCAGGCGCUUGCAAAAACGGCGCGACCUGCAUCGACGAAGGAUCCGGAUUCACCUGUAUAUGUCCCCCGGGAUACACGGGUCAUACCUGCGAGGAGGAUAUAAUCGACUGUAAGGAGAAUUCUUGUCCACCAUCGGCAACCUGCAUCGAUCUUACCGGCAAGUUUUUCUGCCAGUGUCCGUUCAACUUGACCGGCGACGAUUGCAGAAAGUCUAUCCAAGUGGACUACGACUUGUACUUUAGCGAUCCAGGACGCAGCAGUGCAUCGCAGAUCAUUCCAUUUUUCACCGGCUCGACCAAGAGCCUAACGGUCGCUAUGUGGGUGCAAUUUACGUUGAGAGAGCGUGACUACGAGAAAGAAGUUUUCUUCACUCUUUAUGGCGUCAGUUCGCCGCACGUGCCAAUGAAUCGCAGACUCAUGAUCCAAGCGUACGGAAGCGGAGUCCAGAUAUCCAUCUUCCCAGACCUGCAGGACGUUCAUCUGUCGUUUAAAGAAUACGCGACCAUAACUGACGGACAGUGGCAUCACGUCGCAAUUGUAUGGAACGGAGAAAACGGCGGAGAACUCACCCUGAUCACGGAAGGUCUCAUCGCCCACAAUAUCAAAGGCUACGGUAGCGGCAGAUCCCUCCCAGCCUACGCGUGGGCGGUGCUGGGCAAUCCACAGAGCGACAAUACAAAGGGUUACACGGGGUCCGGCUUCCAAGGCCAUCUGACCAAAGUGCAAGUCUGGGGCCGCGCGUUGCACGUGACUAACGAGAUUCAAAAACAAGUGCGCGACUGUCGAACGGAACCGGUCCUUUAUCAAGGUCUGAUACUGACGUGGGCCGGAUACGACGAGACUGUGGGUGGUGUUGAGAGAAUCGUGCCGUCGCACUGCGGACACAGGGUCUGCCCGCUCGGUUACGGCGGUAACAAGUGUCAGCAACUCGAAGCCGACAAGAUUCCGCCCAAGGUGGAAUACUGUCCGGGCGAUCUUUGGGUGAUCGCGAAGAACGGCUCGUCUAUCGUAACCUGGGACGAGCCGCGUUUCAGCGAUAACGUCGAUAUUGCGAAGGUGCAGGAAAAAAAUGGACACCGGUCCGGACAGACUCUGCUCUGGGGUACUUACGACAUCAGUUAUGUGGCCUAUGAUCAGGCUGGCAAUUCAGCCAGCUGCAAUUUCAAGGUUUACGUGUUGUCGGACUUUUGUCCGGAGCUGGACGAUCCGAUCGGUGGCAUGAAACAAUGCAAAGACUGGGGCUCCGGCAGCCAGUUCAAGGUCUGCGAGAUUUCUUGUAACGCCGGACUUCGAUUCUCGCAGGAGGUUCCCAAGUUUUACACGUGUGGCGCAGAAGGUUUCUGGAGGCCCACCACUGAUCCUAAUCUACCUCUGGUGUAUCCUGCUUGCACAGUUGCCACUCCGGCCCAAAGGGUCUUCAGAAUUAAAAUGAGCUUCCCGACAUCGGUGCUCUGUAACGAAGCCGGCCAGGGUGUACUCCGGAACAAGGUGCGGAGCGCCGUCAAUUCCUUGAACAGAGACUGGAAUUUCUGUUCGUAUUCUCAUGAAGGAACUCGCGAAUGCAAAGACCUCGAUAUCGACGUACAAUGCGAUCAUCGCACACGUACGACGAGAGACACGAGCGAGGAAGACGGUGGGACAUACAUCAUUUCUGCGAUCGUGCCCGCGAAGCCAACGAGACAGGGUCGCCAAGGCAGUGAUACCUACGAGGUGGAGAUCUCGUUCCCGGCGAUAAACGAUCCUAUUCUGAACGCCAAUUCGAACGAGCGCGCUACCGUACAGACGUUGCUCGAAAGACUAAUUCUGGAGGAGGAUAAAUUCGACGUCCACUACAUCUUGCCCAACACCGUACCCGAUCCUGCGUCUCUUGUUCUGGAAUCCGACUAUGCUUGUCCAAUCGGUCAAGUUGUCAUGGCGCCGGAUUGUGUGCCAUGCGCGGUGGGUACUUAUUACGACGAGAAGAGGAAAGAAUGUGCCUCUUGCCCAGUCGGAACUUAUCAGAGCGAGUCCGGUCAGCUCAAGUGCAGCUCCUGUCCGGUGAUCGCCGGUCGUCCUAGCGUGACCGUGGGUCCUGGUGCGCGUAGCGCGGCCGAUUGCAAGGAGCGUUGUCCUGCGGGCAAGUAUUACGACGACGUGGCCGGUCUCUGCCGUAGUUGUGGCCACGGAUUCUAUCAGCCAAACGAAGGCAGUUUCUCUUGCCUUUUGUGCGGUCUCGGCAAGACUACGAGGACAGCCGAGGCGGUGUCUCGCGAGGAAUGCCGGGACGAGUGCGGUUCUGGACAGCAACUGGCAGUCGAAGGAAAAUGCGAACCCUGUCCACGCGGCACGUAUCGCACUCAAGGAGUUCAAGCAUCCUGCCAGGCCUGUCCUAUCGGCAGGACGACUCCCAAUAUGGGUUCUGCCGCCGUGGAGGAAUGUUCGCUUCCAGUUUGCGAACCUGGGACCCACCUUAACGGUACUAUCAACGAGUGCGUGGAAUGUAAGAAGGGCACGUAUCAAUCGGAACCGCAACAGACCUUCUGUAUCCCGUGCCCGCCGAACACCAGCACCAAAGGACCCGCCGCUACAAGCAAGGCCGAAUGCACGAAUCCGUGCGAGACCAGCGGCGAAGAAAUGCACUGUGAUGCAAACGCCUACUGUCUACUAAUACCGGAGACAAGUGACUUCAAGUGCGAGUGUAAACCCGGAUACAACGGCACCGGAACCGUUUGCACGGACGUCUGCUUGGGCUAUUGCGACAACGAGGGUGUCUGCUUGAAGGAUUCGCGCGGACAGCCCUCGUGCAGAUGCAGCGGCAGCUUCACCGGCAAGCAUUGCACGGAGAAGUCCGAAUUUUUCUAUAUCACCGGUGGCAUAGCGGGUGGCGUUAUCUUGAUCAUUAUCGUGGUGCUGCUCGUCUGGAUGAUUUGCGUGAGAGCUUCUAGGAAGAAGGAGCCGAAGAAAAUGCUUACUCCGGCGACUGACCAAAACGGCUCUCAAGUUAAUUUCUAUUACGGUGCACCCACACCUUACGCCGAAUCGAUAGCACCGUCGCAUCACAGCACGUACGCCCAUUAUUACGACGACGAAGAGGAUGGCUGGGAGAUGCCUAACUUCUAUAACGAGACUUACAUGAAAGAGAGCCUGCACAACGGCAAGAUGAACAGUCUUGCUCGAUCGAAUGCCAGUAUUUACGGCACGAAAGACGAUCUUUACGACAGACUGAAACGUCACGCGUAUACCGGUAAAAAAGAUAAGAGCGACAGCGACAGUGAAGGCCAGUGACCGGGUAGGAACAAUGAGUUUCAUGCCAACGUAGGGUACGAAAAAGCGAGAGAUAUCGGUGUAAUCAGACGGAGCGACGAGAGACGAUAUCUCAUCCUUCGUGCGACGUCGUCGUCGUUGCUCCUCCCGAUCGACGGAUCGUGUUAUAUUUAUUGCAUAUCCUCUUCUUCUGAGAUGUUGCGCGGGAUCCGCGGCCACCCUUAUCCGCGAAACUAAACGCGGGGAACUGAACGACAUUAAAAAAGAAUAAGAGAGAAGGAGAGAGUGAUCGAGCCGCGAGAUCUCCCGUUGAACGCAAAAGAGACGCGCUUCGAUCGACGAUGAAUGACGCAAGAGUCCUGGAACGACGAUCGGUAAGCGCGUGAUACAUCGAUCGUCGCUUCGGCACGCGUCCGUCGAGGGGACCAGCGAAAGUUUAUCCGGAAAUUUGAGGCCGCACAGCUUCAAAAAAAUGCAAAAAGAAAAAAAGAGAGAAACGCGUCUGUUUUUCAAAGUUAAAUUUCGUUGCGUGUUCAAUGAUUAAAGAGACUUAUAUGCGCGCACGUGUGUGAAGUUGUAAUUUUUGUAAUUUAAUACCACGUAGAUAUUAAGAACCAUUCCGCAACACCACCAACAAGUCCCGUCCUUCUCUUCCCGCUCACCAUUUCCAUCCUUUUCUUUAUUCAUCCAUACGAUUAACGGUGCGUACGUGACAGGAAGUGUGUGCUUGUAUGUUGAUAUAACUAUACGUACGUGAAUUUAUAUUUUGUUACUCGAAAAUAUAUGCGCGCAUCACGUUGUAAUAUAAUAUAAUAAUGUGCAGUUGCGCGAACGCAACGGGGAGUGUUCAGCGAGGCGCCUCUCAAUCGAUAAACGAGAAAAAGAGUGCAGUAGCUCGUAGGAACCUCGGCGACGCGUGAGAGGAUAGAUUCGCGCGGUAACCAAAAGACAAAAAAUUCAGGAAAGAAAUCAAUAACAAGUGUGUGCUUUGGAAACGUUUCGAGGAGGUACCUCUUGAGUAUUUGACGCUCUCUCACGCGUGACGGUGUUGUUAUACUCCGUAGAGGCGGAGCGAUUCUGUCUGCACUUGAGUGCGACGGGAAUAUAAAAGAAUGAGCUCCAUGUCUGCGCGCGCGGCGAGCGGAACGAUGAUGCUUACCAUGCUCUGUUUUUCAUUUAUGUUGUAUAAAAAGAAAACUUUAACAGAUAUAGUUGUUUUUUUAUUAAUAAAAUGUAUUUCUCAACAAGA